UGAGAGGUUGGUGAGUGUUAUAAUCUUUCUCGUUGUUUACACCCUUCACCGCCCGUCACUGCCCCGAUUAGCCAUCAAUAUAUAACCAUAAAGGGUGAGGGAAUCUUGCCGUCAUUCGUGUAGCCUCCUGUAGCGGCUGAGAGGUGGAAUAGAGGCAUCCUGUUUACUGCACGUGAGGCUGGGACAUUGUUUACCUCUGGCGGCGACCACGUGUGUACCGCAGCCUGGAGUAGCAAGACAAGAUGGUGCGGAUGAACGCGCUGGCAGACGCUCUGCGGAGCAUCAACAAUGCCGAGAAGAGGGGCAAGCGUCAGGUUCUGAUCCGGCCUUGCUCCAAGGUGGUGGUGAAAUUCCUGUCUGUCAUGAUGAAGCAUGGCUACAUUGGAGAGUUUGAAAUUGUGGAUGAUCACCGCGCUGGCAAAAUUGUGGUCAACCUCACAGGGCGGCUCAUCAAGUGCGGUGUCAUCUCGCCUCGUUUUGAUGUCAAGAUCAACGCUAUUGAGAAGUGGACCACUAAUCUCCUUCCCUCUAGGCAGUUUGGGUACAUUGUGCUGACCACCUCUGGCGGAAUCAUGGACCACGAGGAGGCCAAGAGGAAACACCUUGGAGGGAAGAUUCUUGGAUUCUUCUUCUAAAUAAAGUUAGGCAGUA